AUGGUGUCCUCCGCAGACAAAGCUUUGGUUGGACCCUUCAGCCUCAAAGAAUGGGAAGAUUUCCUCACCAACGACCCGCCUGACGACGGCGUCCGUCUCCUUCUGCGCAAGUCCAAAUCCACCGCCCCAGGGAUCGACUACAUUGACGCGCGCGACGCGGCCCUCUGUUUCGGCUGGGUUGAUAGCACCGCACGUGGCCACGAUGAUGAAUACCAAGAGAGGUGUUUCACGCCACGCAGGGCGCGCAGCCGCUGGUCGCAGGUGAACAGGGAGGUCGUGGAGAAGCUGAUAGCCGAGGGGAGGAUGCGCGAGGGCGGCCUGGCGGAAGUCGACCGGGCAAAGGCCGACGGGAGGUGGGACGCUGCGUACCGGAUGAAGACUGCGGAGCCUGACGACGAGUUUCAGGCGGCGCUUGAUGCAAAUACGCGGGCGAAAGCAUUUUGGGGGACGCUGGGGAGGACGAAAAAGUUCCCCUUUCUGUUCAGGCUCAUGAACAUCAAGAGACCAGAGACGAAGACGAAGAAGAUUCAAUUGUUUAUUGAGACUUUAGAAAGGCAUGAGACUCUGAAGACAUGA